CCAGUCCCGCUCCCUCCUCCUCUCGGUGCCUCUUUCUCCGCCCCGCUCCCCCCCAAACACACUUGCACACGGGCUCUCAAGGUGUUCUCCGCACAGCGGAAGAUGGCGACAGACUGAGGGGGCAUGGCCAGCGGGAGCCAAGGGGCCGUGCCGCUAGGCUGCCGCCACAGCGGUGCGAACGAGAGGCGGAAGCUAGAGGCGCACUAAGUAAAGCCCGGUGUCCGCGUCCGGCGCCUGUGGCGCUGCCGGGAGCCAGGUGGCCCGCCCGAGCCGGAACUCCAGGAGCAGCGGGUGCUGAGCCAGAGCGGAGCCAGCCCAGGACUGGCCCCGGCGAACACCCGGAGCGCCAGCGAAGACCGAAGGGCCCGGCAGCGGACCGGCCGGCCGGCCUAAGAGGGUGCGAGCGAGGCAGGGAACGGCGAGGAGCGGGCAGCGGGCGGACGGGCGGGAGCGGAGCGGCGCUGGGCGAAGGGAGCGGAGCGGAGCGGAGCGCGGCGGCGGGGCCCGCGCGGCGGCGCUGAGGGGUGCAGAGCUGCGCCGAACCGAGACGGCCGGUUUGGAGUGCGAGCCCGGCGGCUGCCCGCGCGGAGUGAAGUGGCGCGAAGCGGAGGACAGCUGAGGGGCCCGACACUAUGAGGAGUGCGGCGCCGCCGCCGCAGCCGCCACCGCCCCAGUGCCCUGCACCGCCCCCCGCCGGGACGCUGGGCAGCGCCUAGCGGGCCGGGCGGCGGCGCCCGGGCUAAGAGCGAGGGAGCGCGGGACCGGCGUGGAGACUGCACAAGAGCGCCCCGCGACUCCGGCCUGAGCGGGCUCCCCGGCCGGCCGGCCUGCCCGCCUUACCAUGCAGCCCCCGAGGUAGAGCCUGGACGGCGCCGAGGAGCGCGGAACGGCGCGCAGCCCGCCCACCCGAGACGGCCGUCCGGCCUCGCGCCUGCCUGCUCCCUCCAGCCCGGACCCCCCUGAAAUAUGUUCAGGGGCGCUUGGAUGUGGCCCGGGAAAGACGCCGCCGCGCUGACUAUCUGCUGCUGCUGCUGCUGCUGGGCUCCCAGGCCGAGUGACAAACCUUGCGCCGACUCGGAGCGGGCGCAGCGAUGGCGACUGUCCCUGGCGUCCCUGCUCUUCUUCACCGUGCUGCUCGCUGACCAUCUGUGGCUGUGCGCGGGGGCCCGGCCCCGGGCCAGGGAGCUGAGCAGUGCCAUGCGGCCGCCCUGGGGGGCCGGCCGGGAGCGGCAGCGGGUGCCUCCUCGCGCGAUGCUGCCGCUGCCACCGCCGCCGCCCGGCGAGCCCGGCGCGCCCCCGGGCACCUGCGGCCCCAGAUACAGCAACCUGACCAAAGCCGCCCCCGCCGCCGGCUCCCGGCCGGUCUGCGGCGGCGUCCCAGAGCCCACGGGGCUGGACGCAGCAUGCACCAAAUUGCAAUCUUUGCAGAGACUUUUCGAACCCACUACCCCGGCCCCGCCUCUGCGGCCCCCUGACUCCCCUUCCCGUGCCCCGGCCGAGUUCCCCUCCGCCAAAAAAAACUUGCUCAAAGGCCACUUUCGGAACUUCACUCUCUCCUUUUGCGACACCUACACGGUCUGGGACUUGCUGCUGGGCAUGGACCGCCCUGACAGCCUGGACUGUAGUCUGGAUACCCUGCUCGGGGACCUGCUGGCCGUGGUGGCCAGCCCGGGCUCCGGGACCUGGGAGGCGUGUAGCAACUGUAUCGAGGCGUAUCAGCGGCUGGACCGACAUGCUCAGGAAAAAUAUGAUGAGUUCGACCUCGUGCUGCAUAAAUACUUACAGGCGGAAGAGUACUCAAUCCGGUCCUGCACGAAAGGCUGUAAGGCUGUCUACAAGGCCUGGCUGUGCUCAGAAUACUUCAGCGUGACCCAGCAGGAAUGCCAGCGCUGGGUGCCCUGCAAGCAAUACUGCCUGGAGGUGCAGACCCGGUGCCCCUUUAUACUCCCCGACAAUGAGGAAAUGGUGUACGGAGGGCUCCCUGGCUUUAUCUGUACAGGGUUGCUGGAUACUUCACCAAAGCGGCCGGAAACCAAGUGCUGUGAUGUGCAGUGGGUCUCCUGUGAGGCAAAGAAGAAGAAGAUCAAGGAGUCUGAGGCCCCCAAAACCCACCACCAGCAAUUCCACCACUCCUAUUUCCACCACUACCACCAACAGUACCACCACUACCACCCCCGUCAUGAUCCCCCGGGCCAUGUCAGCAACAAGCCUGCCCUGCUGCCGGUCUCUGGGGGCUCCCGCCUCAGCCCUAGCAGGAUCCGGCUCUGCAUCCUUGUUCUCAUGCUCCUCCAUACCGUGGUGUCCUUCUCCAACAACCAGGGUGGUGGGGGAUUGGGGUUGGAGACACUGCCUGCCCUAGAGGAGGGCCUGACACGGGAAGAGUGACAGUAGGGAGGACAGACCUCCACCACACGCUGAUAUCAGCUCCAGCUCCCCCAAGUGGGGGGAAGGUGGCUCCUCCCAUGAGAGGUAUAGGAAAGGUGGGGGCAGGGGGAAAUGGGGGAACCACACAUCCCCCCAACCUACCCCCACCCCAAAAGCAGCUCCAACAGAAUGGCCAGAGGGCCCCAAGGAGCUGCAAAACUCAUCUGGGUGAAAAAGGCAGGAGCAGCAGGUGACCCCUCCCAAGCCCUCAUCUAUGGGGCUUAGCAAAAAAAGGGAGGAAGUGGGGGCUGGAUAUGCCCACCCCUGCCAAGAGCCCUGACCCCAGGGAAGGAGGCUGCUCACCCAGCCUGGGCCCUGUAGGGAAUGUUGGGGGGCACAGAGGGGAGACACUCUUUCCCCCCUCCACAUUCCUUUUGUUGCCAAGAUCCUUAAUUCCCUCCUGCCCAUAUCCCAACAGGCGACGGCAGACAGUGCAAUGACCCUCCUGCCACUUCAACACACCUUGCCCCACCUGGGACUAUCGCAGGUGAAGCACCAGGCUGGGAUUUGAGGUGCACACAGUUGCAGCUAGGUCGGGGCCCCAGUUAAGCUGUGCCUCACCACCCUAGGCACUGAGGGGCAGGAACGGGGUACAGAAUGAGUGGUGAAAGAGGGUGAAGAUAGGGAAGGUGGACAGGAGAGGAGAAAUGUGGGCAGAGGGCUUGAAGAGAUGGUCGAAUAGGCUACUGCCACCCAGCUUUGGGGAGAUGGAUGAUAAGUGUUGAGGCAGGCUUGAAAACUGCUCCCCAAAACAGAGAGAGUUGCAUUAGGAGUCCUCUGGGAAAAAAAGAGCACAGGAACUGAGUUGCUGGGCCUUAAAGCAAAAGGCUGCAGGCGCAUGGUUAGACUGCUGCUGUCUGAAGGACCAUAUCUUACAGAAGGUGCACAUACUCCCAAGGGCCUCCCUUGCCCUGGAGAUCUUGGUCUUAGGGCCAAAGACAUUAACAUUUCCUAUCUCCAUGGGGAGGAAGGACUUAAACCCAAGUGGAUCAGGCCUGGCCAGGGUCCUCAUACUCCCCUAUCUUGUCCUAGCCCAGGCCUCCAUGAAGGAGAAACUGGUGGCAUUGCCCCAGAGCUCUCCAGAGGUGAGCCUCCCCUCCCCUCCCCAUCCCCAUCCCCAGCCUACCAAAGAGUAUUCAUGCCUUUCCAUCCCUGACCCCAUGGGUCACUGUCCCAAUUGUGAAACAACCAGACUCCUCUACACCCUGUAGCAGGAUCUUCUGCUGCAGUCACCCCAGUCCCUUGCUAGAGAAAGUCUAGGGACUGGCAAGAAGACCCUUUGACUAAAGAUCAUGUGCUGUCAUCCCUUGGCUGAGAAACUUGAGUCAGGCUAGAGGGCUGGAAAAGGGAAGAGGCACUGAGAGCCCCUUGGGGGCCAUUAGUCUUGCUCUGGUCUGCUGCGUGGGGGUGGGGAAUAGGGGGAAUCCCACAUUGCCUGGGACAUCUGAAUGCUGGUUAAGAACUGACAGGAAAGGGAGCCAGAGCCGUAUUCCUGGGAGAGGCCAGGGAGUUUUUAGUGCCAACGAGGCCUGUGUCCUUCUGGGAUGCGAUACUAGUGAGUGAAUGGGAGGGUGGGCCUGGAGCUGCGUGAGACUGAAACCAAGAAGCAGAUGACCUGGCGUUGGUUAGCUUAGGGAUGAAUGAGAGGCCUCCCUAGUGGAGAGGGAAUCAUUCAUGGGCCUCAACUGGGUCCCAGAUUGGUUACAUGAGACUGGGGAGUCCUUCCCUGCCAGUUUUCUCAUUUCUUACAGCCUGUCCCCAACUCCUGUGCCCUGCCCACACACUCCCCUGUUUGGCCCUCAGCACUUCAUGCCUGGCCACAUACCCCAACCCUAGAGCUCUUUUCAGCUGGGGAGGGGAAGAGGUGCUGGCUCCUUUCCAGACAUGCUUAUGUAUAAGUAAAGGGGCGGGUGCUUGGGCUCCAGAGAGACCCCAGGUACUGCCUUCUAACUCCUGCAUCCUCAGGAGGGGAAAAAGGACUGGGAAGUAAAGGGGAACCAUAUGACCCCAGGGAAUGGACCCUUGGAGACUCCCAUCCUCUCUUCCCCCUCACCAAGUGCCCAGGAGACCCCUGGCUCAGACCAGCCCAAGGCCUUGCCCAGUGGCAGAGGAAAGGGGCACCUCACCACCUCAGAGUCAUUUGACUGCCUCCAUUCACCCCACUACCCUAAUCUUCCACCACCUCUCUGGCUGUCCCUGCCCUCCAUCACAGGCAGCAGAGCCGGACAGCUUUCUUAUGCCAUUUUCUACACUGUGCUUCAUGAGUAGGACUUUCUUGCACUAGUUCCUAUGACUGAGUGUCCGAGCUGGUUUCCUAGUAGUCCCCCAUCCCUUCCUCCAUUACCUGGCUAUGAUUCAGUUGUCUCUGCCCUCCCUCUUACCCCGACUCUGUGUUUUGGUGAGAGUCUCUGUAUGUGUACUGCUUUCUGUUUUGUUGCAUUGUGGGGCAGAGGCUUCUCUGCUCUUGUUUAACCCCAUAAAGAAAUAAAUGGUAAGACUUGAUGAUAA